UCAUUUUAUUUUACCUCUCCAAUUGGCUCGACCUAUCAAUUUUUCUCACAAUAAUGUUGAUAUUAUAUUUUUUAAUAAUUUACUACGCGUCUGGUUUUUGUACUGCCAGCAAAUUAAUGAAUUAUUUAUUUUGUGCUGUGUUUCAUUAAGAUAAUAAUUAGGGUAGUAUAUUAAAAACGCUUCUAUAUACAAGUCUCAUGACAUAUAAAAAUAAAUAUUUGAGUGAUAUCCAUGUCAAUAAAGUUUAUUAAAAUGGACAAAAUUAAUCAUGGCUAUAUAUUAAAAUGUUAAAUGCAAUCUUGAAUAUAUUAUUUGUUUUUAGGCAUUUUUUAAUAUCUUUAAGCUCAAUAAAUCUCUUUAGACUUCUUUAAACUUUUUCUUUAUAUUAUUUUUACAAUCAAUUAUUUUAUUUUCUUAACUUUUUGUUUAUUUAAUUCUUAAGCUUGAAAACGUUUCGCACUAUUUCACAUAAUGUUUUUUUUUCACAUUUGACACAUUAUCUCUUUGCUAUAUAUUGUACUGUUUCUUGCUGCUGUUAUCUCUUCCUAUUCUAUACUUUUCUUCGCCACAGUAUCAUCUGUAUCUUUUAUAACUGUUUUAAAAUCAAUACUUACAAUCUAAAUUAUAUUUUUUCUGUAUCAAAUCAACUUUUUUAUGCUUAUUAUGUAUUUUUUUUUAAUAUUAUGACUACUUGUUAAUAGCUAAUCCAUCCUAAAUAUGUGUAUUUUAACCAGUGCUAAAGGGAUUUGAAUGAAAUGUACGAUCAUGUUAGCUACUAAAAGCUUAUGAAGGUUAUCUUAUUAGUUAUUGUCAAUUAUCGAUGACAUAAUGCAACUGUUUCUUGUAAAUAUUUUUCUGGAUUAGGCCGUUUCGAAAAAUUAUGUUUGUAGAUGACCGGCUUUUAGGAAGUUGUGAAAAGACACUUCUCGACAGCUAGUUACCUGUUUUAUGGGAAAGACAUUAACUUGUAUUGAAUUUCAGUGUAUAAGAAAUAUUCUCUAUGCACGGAAUCUCUGUCACUGAACUCGUAAUCGUGUAUCUUCCGUUAGUUAAUCAUGAUAAUGCAUAGUUCGUUAAAGUCGUCAAUUUCAAUGUAAUGCCAAUACUAUUAAAAGUGUUUUUAUCUUGAGAAUGACCCUCGGUCAGUGUUUACGACAAUAAUAAGUGUGUAGUAUGAAGUUUAUGAAACAUUUUUGAUGUAUUGUCAAUUAAAUAAUAUUGUUUUUAAUAUUAAGAAUGUUUAAUGGCUGUUCCAUAGUAAUUUAUUCAUUGUUACGGUGUGACGAAAAAUUGUUAUCACAGGGCACUUCUGAAAAGUAAAAACAAGCUUUCGAUCAAACUAGAAAGUCAUUAUUAUAAUAAUCUAUAGAAAUAAAAUUGUAAACAUCGUAAAGGUUGCACUGUAAAAUUAAAAAAAAAUGUUUAAUUUAUUUUGUUUUUAUUUUAUACCCCCAGAAUCAGUCCACGAAAGUAGAAAAGCAACAACACAAAGAAGCUCACAAUAGGUUAAAUGAUCAAUUGCGAGAUAGACACCGUCUGCUGCCACAAAAAUACAACUGAAAAUUUCAACUGUCAAGCUGUAAAAGUUGAUGAGAUAGAUCCUGUCGGCAGAUGAAUAGACAGUGAGGCCUAAGUAUUAGGCUCAGUGCAGACAGAACGGAGCGCAGCGGAGAAGAUUUUGAUAACGCACUUGAAAAUAAACUUUUAAAUUAUUACAAUAAAGUGCAUAAACGUUUGAAUCUGAUAAAGAAUGCUCUAAGAUACGUAAGAAUCCCAGCGCGGCAGCGAGUCGGCGCUCGCGUCGUACGCGUAUGACGUAGUAGUUAUACAAUUGUGGAAGUAAAAGGUUACGGUUACGAAAUAUUUUCUCUUAAUAACGGACCCAUUACAAUGAAAUGUAGAAUCACAUUUGGCUGUUACAGAACAUACAAUUGGCCGGUUCCUAGGUCACGUUUGGAUCGCAUCCACACGAUAACACAAAAAACACGAUACACACCGUCGUAGGUAUGACUGCGUAUCGUUUUUUUAGAUAAUAAUAUGAUUAAUUUUAUUAUUUCGCCGGGCCUGGCCGUUUCAUCAUCUCCAACAUACGCUAUUCGAUCACAUGAAAUUCCGACAUAAUAAUUUAUUAGAUAGUAAGAAAUAACCAUUUUUUGGUCAAAAGACAAUGUUCAGAAAUAGUCAAUACCUACUCUAUAUAGGUAUUUUAGUUUUAGAUGAUAGCGGCAUUAAAUGUAGCCGGUAGCCGGUUAUGCGCUAUUUGCCCCAUUAAGGGUUAUAUUGAUUACUCUUGUGAAAUCUAACGUAUUUCUUUCAAUUUACUUCCACGCAAGGGCAAUUUGAAUUGUAAACUCGUCCAUAAGUUGUGUAUUUCUAUCCUAACCUACAGUGCCCAAACUGUCGAAAGUGGGCUGACCAUAAUAUGUGUCCAAAUAAGAGGGAGAGAUGUGCCGAAAUCGUUGCAAAUCGUAAGAAAAAGGUCGUCGUCGAAAACGUAGUCUAAUGAGAGUGUUAAGGGAGACAAUACACAGAGAAAGGCCAAAAGAAUGUCCGAGCAAGACCUUUGCCCAGCUGUGGGACAGUAGAGGUAAAGAAAAAAACAAAUUUAGCUGAAUGUUAAAGUGCAAAUAUUAUUUCAACCUCUUGGUAACAUUUUAGCGGCAGAUUUAUUUAUUUAAUUAUCACACUAAUCACAAUACAGGUUACUUAACCUAAUGCGGUAGCUAGGACUAAACAAAGGUCUAAGUAUUUAUGUGAAUCUAUUGAACUAUCAAACUCUGUGCUAUCAAACAGAAAUUGUGCCCCUGUCAACAUCUUUGUCAUAUUUUUUUUUGGCGAAGCGGGAUUUUUUAAACGAUUUAAUUUGUAUACUUUUUAUCCAGGAUUUUAUUGAACGUAAGCUGAAUAAGUUCUUAACCAUCCAGAAUGCCAAAUACCGUCCCCCACGACGCCACACAUCCAGACAUCCAUCGUCCAACCCGGUUUGAUCUUGUACCGAAGAUCGUCAAUGGCGGUAUUGCAGGUGUAGUGGGCUGCAUCUGCAUAUUCCCAAUUGACUUAGUGAAGACACGACUGCAGAACCAAACUGUGGGUCCAAAUGGGGAGAAACAGUACAAAAAUAUGAUAGACUGCUUUAGACAAACUAUACGUCGAGAAGGAUAUUUUGGCAUGUACAGAGGGGUGGCGGUUAGCGUCUUGCUCGUUUCACCAGAGAAAGCUUUUAAAUUGGCCGCUAACGAUGUUUGCAGGUGGCUUCUCCUUAAACCCGACGGGAGUCUUCCGUUAUACCGUCAAGCCAUAUCUGGUGGGGUGGCAGGAUUUUUCCAGAUGCUAGUCUCGACCCCUAUGGAACUGUUGAAGAUCCAAUUGCAGGAUGCUGGUAGAGUUGCGGCGCAGGCUAAAGCGGAGGGUAAAAUAAUGCCUCGCCUUACGGCCAAGCAAGUGACUAUGAGGCUCAUUUCCGAAAGAGGUGUAUUCGGAUUGUACAGAGGGAUGUCGGCUACUGCGGCACGAGAUAUCGGUUUCGCUGCCCUGUACUUUCCGCUCUAUGCCGAACUCAGGGAUAUGUACUCUCUGGCCGAUAAAGACCAUGUGCCGCCUUUUUGGUGGUCGUUCUUCUCGGGCUGUGUCUCCGGCUGCGUGUCCGGGCUCGCCGCCACACCCUUAGACGUCAUCAAGACACGCAUGCAGACGAUCAAAAAGGGCAAGCACGAGAGGCACUGCUACAGUAUUAUGGGUUGCGCCAGACAAAUCAUGAAGUACGAGGGCCCCUUGGCGUUCUUCAAAGGUGGUCUGUGCCGAAUCUCUGUGUUCACACCGCUGUACGGCAUACUGCAAGGUGUCUACUACCUCUGCAUCGCCGAACGCCUGCUCGGCUAUCCGCUCCUUAGGGCGAUUUGAUUACACGAAGCAAUCCAAACAUGCUUCACAAUCAAACCUAGAUUGUAUUGUAUAUUUUAUAUGUAUUCUAACUUGACAUAAGUGUCAAUUGGAUAGCAGAGAGGUAUAGGUUACCAUGCCUAUACCACUGUGCGCGAAGUGACACGCGUUUGAUGGGACCCCACAGGGACAAAUAUUAGUGUGAUUCGUAAAUAUUUGCUCUGAGUCUGAGUACUGAGUCACUAUGUAUGUGAAUUUGUAUGUUUGUGAACCUUACACGAUAUACCCGCAUAUGAUUCUUAUCACUAAGUAAUGUCUUUUUAAAUAAUUUUUAAAUAAUCUUUUCUCGAUGCGUAAUCUUGUACCCUUAAACUACUGCUAACUUGCUACUUAACGAAUAUAAGGCUCUCUCACCUCAAGUAACUCGGAUGAGUUAAUUAAGGUGAGAGAGCUCAAUCAGCUCAAUCAUUUAUGGAAGUUUUGUUAAGCUCGGGUUUGAUGAAUGUUUCUUCGAUCAAAGGUAUCGUGUUCUUCACCCCGGGUAUUUGUGAAAUUGAGCUCUUAACUUUGGGCUUGACGAAUAUUCGGCUCUCUGACCUAUCACAUCCAUCACCAGGAGUAUUUGUAAAACUUUGCCCUUGAUUUUGGGCUAGACCAAUAUUCGGGUCGCUCACCUUAAGCGUCAUAAUAUAUCCUCUACCUCGGGUAUUUUUGAAAUAAGCUCUUGACUUUGGGCUUGACGAAUAUCCGGCUCUCUGACCUUAGGACCAUAACCAACACCUCGGAUAUUUGUAAAAUAAGCCCUUGACCUCUGGGCUGGACAAAUACUCCGCUCUCUGAAAUUAAGUGUCACAUCCAUGAUAUCUAUCACUUCGGGUAUUUGUGAAACUUAGUCCGACCUCGGGCUCGAUGAAUAUCCGGCUCUCCGACUCUAGGAUACAAACUUUCACUUCGGAUAUUUUUGAAAUAAAGCCCUUGACUUUUCACUUUGGGCUUGACGAAUAUCCGGCUCUCUGACCUUAGGAUCAUAACCUCCACCUCGGAUGUUUGUGAAAUUAGCCUUCGAAGUUUUGGGCUUGACGAAUAUCCGGCUCUCUGACCUUAGGAUCAUAACCUCCACCUCGGAUAUUUGUGAAAUAAGCCUUCGAAGUUUUGGGCUUGACGAAUAUUCCUGAACUUAAAUGUUACAGCCAUGACAUCUCUAGGUAGGUAUUUGUGAAACUUAGCCUCUGAACUCGGGCUUGACGAAAACCAGGCUCCCUCACCUUAAAGUCAUUAAAUUAAGGUGAAAUUAAGGUCUUGACUUUGAGCUUAAUGAAUAUCCAGUCUCCGAUCUUAGGAACAUAUCCUCCACUUCGAAUGUUCACGAAAAUUAGUCGGACCCCGGUUAGCCGACCUUAGUUAUUAUAACCUCUACUUCGGGUAUUGAAGUUUUGUCCUUUAUCGUUGGGCGUGACGAAUAUCCGCCUCCUGACCUGGAAUCCUUUUAAAUUAACACAUUGAACCCGAGCUGCAUCGAAUUGUAAAUAGUUAUUAAAAAUACGUAGUCUUGAUUCACGUUCUUUGGCUUUUUUUAACAGAUCACACACCCGUUAUCCUCAAAAGCAGGGUUUAAAGCAGUAAGAAGUUACAAACAUGCAAACAUACGUAGAAAUCUAAUCACAAGUUACGCUUUGACAAUUUGAAAGUAAUAAAGUUUUUCCCAGGUUUUCUGGGACCGGGACACGAAAAUUGUGUUUACAACUUUCAGUUCGCCACGUGUUCUCGAGUUCGACAAGUUUGCGUAUUUGCUUGUUGUAGAUUCACUACAUUAUGUCGUAUCCCCGCCCGAUGAGCUAUAACCCGAAACACGAUGAUCAUGAUUUACCCCAAGGGGUUGUCCUUUUUAUAUCCUGGAGAACCAAAGAUAAUUUUGAUAGAUU